GGCACAAAACUGUCUCCUUCCCCGGGCCAGACUGAGAGGUGCAGGGAGCCACACGGACAGGAUCUGCUGCCAGACAUGGGCCGCCCGAGGCUGCUGCCGCUGCUGCUGCUCUUGGUUCAGACCUGCGUUCCAGCCUCCUGGAGCCUGCAGUGCCUGCUGUGUGGGAGGACCGGGAAGUGCCGGGUGGAAGAGUGUGCCCAUGGCCAGGACCUCUGCCGGACCACGACCUUGCGCAUAUGGGAAGGAGGUGAAGAGCUGGAGGUGGUGGAAAGAGGCUGUGCCCACCCCGAGAAGAGCAACAGGACCAUGAGCUAUCGAACAGGCACGCAGAUCAUCACUCUUACGGAGGCCCUUUGUGCUACCGACUUGUGCAACCGACCCAGCCCUGGUCGGACUUCCACCUUUCCCCGAACCCGAAGCCGUUACCUCGAAUGUGUUUCCUGCGCCUCCUCAGAUCUGAGCUGUGAGAGGGGCUGGGAUCAGAGCCUACAGUGCCGCAGCCCUACAGAACAGUGUGUGGAAGUGGUGACCCACCGGAGCCUGGAAGGCAGUCCAAGGGAUGAGCACCACACCCGCGGCUGUGGCAACCUUCCGGGCUGCCCGGGCCCCACCGGCUUUCACAACCACCACACCUUCCACUUCCUGCAGUGCUGCAACACCACCAAAUGCAAUGGGGGCUCAGUCGUGGAGCUUCAAAACCUGCCUCUGAAUGGUCUCCAGUGUUACAGCUGUGAGGGAAACAGCACCCAUGGAUGUUCGUCGGAGGAGACUUCCCUGACCGCCUGCCAAGGCCCCAUGAAUCAAUGUCUGGAAGCCACGGGCACUAAUGGGCUGGGCAACCCGAUCUACACAGUACGAGGCUGCGCGACCCCCUCGUGGUGCCAGAGUCUCCAUGUGGCUGAAGCCUUCAGCCUGACCCAUCUCAACGUCUCCUGCUGUACUGGAACCGGUUGUAACCACCCGGUCCGGGAUCACCAGCCCCGCAUGGGUGGUGCCCCCCGGCCUGGUCCUGCCCACCUCAGCCUCACCACCACCCUGCUUAUAACCGCCAGACUAUGGGGAGGCACUCUUCUCUAGACCUGACCCCCUCAUACACUCCCCCUACCCUGGCUGGAUCCAGGGGAGCCCUUUGCCCUCCCCUCAGCUCCCAGCCCUUUAGACUUGCUGUGUGACCUCAGGCCAGUGUACUGCCCUCUCUGGGUCUCAGUUUUCCUAGCUGUCUCACAGAGUUGGAGAACCAGAGGAGAAAAGCUGGAGAAAGACUGCAGGCCAGCAGGAGAGGUCUUGUUAUGUUAGCGUUGUUGUACCAUUGUUGUUAUUAUUAAUUAAUAUUUGUUUUAUUUAAUAUUUUAUACUUAAAUAAAGAUUUUUGUACCAGUGAACUGAGGAAGGCCUUAUCUUCUCUACUCUGUAGCAUCUCUCUUUGGGAGGAUGAAUGGGGGGGCAUCUUUCAUCUAGCUCCUGGAAUUAGGAGUCACAUUGUAGGACCCCAGCAUUUAGGGCCCCAGCCUUGGAAGCAGUUGUCCAUGGGCUUCCAUCCUAAGCUACCUCCACAUCUGUUUCUGGGAUCCAACUCACUCAUCCAAGCACUAACCUUCCUGUCUCUCCUCCCAAACUCCAAAGGUCAAGACUGCUCCGUUGUUCCAGGGAGAGGCAUCUGCAUUUCCUAAGGGGCUCUGAGACCCUCAGAUGAAUGGGAGGGAUAAUCUAAUGGCCAGAACUCCCUAGGGGCCCUCCACUGAGGAAUCAGGACUACCUUUCCCCUGAUGACUGCCCUGGCAGGAGAUAAAGGCAGGGCUCUUUGUCCUAGGAUGCCUUCAGACUGACUGAGAAAAAGACAACUCUCUGGGGCACCUAGGUGGCUCAGUGGG